AUGGCGCCUGGCCCUUCUCCGAACCCCAGUGUUGCUGCGCCGCUUGCUGCAUCUUCUUCCUCGCCUCCUCAUGACGAUCUGCCAGCUGCCCCAUCGCCUCCUUCUCCGGGUCCUCAGCCCCCUCCUCCGGCCACUGUUCUCCCGAGGUGCUCCGCUCCUCCUGGCGAUGGUGCUCCAAGUCUUGGCAUUCCGUGUUCCUCAACAGCCCCUAUCUGUCAACCUUCUCAAGUUAAUCACAUCUAUCACUUGGGAACCGGAGACAAUCCCAACUUUAUGAUAUCAACUCAGAUAUUAACGGGUCAAGAAAAUUUUCAGUCAUGGAAGAGGGCUGCUUCCAUUUCCAUUGCUGCAAAAAAUAAAACCCAGUUUAUAAACGGGUCCCUGACUCAACCCCCUCCCCAUGACCCUUUUUUUCAUGCUUGGAUUCAGUGCAAUAAUAUGGUUAUGGCUUGGAUUUUACAAUCUGUUUCUCGUGAAAUUGCAGCUAGCAUUAUGUUUCAAGAUUCUGCCUCUGCUAUGUGGAAUGAUCUCCAUGAGCGAUUUAAUCAAGGCAAUGGUCCUCGGAUAUUCCAGCUUCAAACUUCAGUCCACACCAUCAAACAAGGUGACUCAGAUGUCAAUUCCUACUUUACUCGUCUCAAAGGUAUUUGGGAUGAACUCAAGGAGUUUCAGCCUAUUAUCCCUUGUUCUUGUGGCUGUAAAUGUGGUGCUGUUGAAAGAUUGCUUGGAUAUUAUCACAGAGAUCAAAUUAUGCAAUUUCUGGCUGGUCUCAAUGACUCAUUUUCUUCUGUGAGAGCUCAAAUUCUGCUCUAUGAUCCUCUUCCUCCGCUGUCCAAAGUCUUCUCCAUGAUCUCUCAAGAAGAAAGGCAAAGAAGUCUAGGCCACACCAUUCCUUUCAUUGCUGCUACUGCGGGUUCACACACUUCUACCAAGCCUCCUUCAUCAAGAUCAAAGAAACCGAGACCCACUUGUUCUCAUUGUCUCAAGCCGGGUCACUUAGUGGAAAAAUGUUUUUUUCUUCAUGGGUUUCCUCCUGGGUACGGUGACAAGCGUCGUCAAGAUGAAGCUAUCAAACCUUCUGCAAACCACCUGUGCUGUCCCAAACCGAGCUCAGUCAGCAGCUUAUCUCCCUCCUAA